AUGUUGUUGUAUAAAAAGGGAAAUCCACAUGACAUCGGCAACUAUCGCCCAAUCUGCUCACCAGAGUACAAGAUGCCGCUCUGUCUCACCUUCAUCAACUUGAAGAAGGCCUUCGAAUUAGUUGAGACGGAAGCGGACGUGGAAGCCUUGGACGUCAAUACUCACCACCCUCGAGAACAUAUGCGAAAGUUGGAAUGGGACGACAUGGGAGUGAAGGUUGAUGGUUGGCAGCUACACCAUUUGGGCUUUGCUGAUGAUAUCGUACUGAUAACAACUAGCAUCAGCCAAGCGGAACGAAUGCUGACCGAAUUCGACGAAACAUGUGCAUGCAUCGAUCUUCAGCUGAGUCUACAAAAGACGAUGUUCAUGCAAAUGCACCAGCUACAUUUAUCUGGGAGAAGACGAGCGAUUUGGGGUGCGUACAAGGGCAUCGAGGAUGUAGUGAAGAAGACCAGGAACACCCGUGCUCACCUCUUCAACACCACCGUACUUCCUGCUUUGACCUAUGCUUCAGAAACCUGGGCAUUUCGCAAACAGGAAGAAAACGCGGUGAGCGUCAUUGAACGCGCAAUUGAGAGAGUGGUGCUAGGAAUAUCCCGUUUCACGCUAGUGAGGGACGGAAUUCGAAGUUCUCUCCUACGUCAACGAUCGAAGAUUAGAGACGCCACUGCACUACAGGAAGACCGCCGACCAGAUGGUCAGAUUUCUUCACGAAGUCCUUCAAAGAAAGAUAUGAUGCUCUUCGUGUCCCACGCGAAAGGAGGAACCACUGGGCUACUCUGGCACGCGAUCGGGACAAAUGGAAGAAUUACUGGCGCCCGCUCGACCAGUUCGAAGAUCAAGCUCGAUUUUGAAAUGACGGACGUACACGGGCAUCACCUGAAAGACGCAAGCCAAGACGAAAACAAUUCAUCAUCUGGGAUUCAAGGCGGAAGAUGCAACGUCGAUUUUACACACGGAGAUCUUGUAAUUGAAUCAAACAUCGCACUUCGAAAACUCUCAGAAGCAUUCGUCCAACGAAUUGAUGGUAAAGCUUUUGUACGACAAGGAGCUCUACGACAGAAGAAUUUCCACGAGAUCAAAUCUCACAAAUUUAUUGCUCGUUUCUUCAAGCAACCCACGUUUUGUUCACAUUGCAAGGACUUUCUUUGGGGAUUGAAUAAGCAGGGAUUUCAGUGUCAAAUUUGCACACUUGUUGUUCACAAACGUUGUCAUGAGUUUGUAAAUUUUUCCUGUCCAGGAGCUGACAAAGGAGUUGAUACCGACGAUCCACGGCAACGGCACAGAUGGAAAGUGCAAACGUAUUCCUCACCGACGUUUUGCGACCACUGUGGUUCGCUUCUUUACGGAUUAAUUCAUCAGGGAAUGAAGUGUCACACCUGUGACACAAACGUGCACCAUCGAUGUGUGCGGUACGUACCGAAUAUGUGCGGCACUGAUAAUACAGAAAAAAGAGGACGAAUACUGCUCGAAAUUACAAUCCAAAACGAGAUUCUCACAGUUUUCGUGUGGUGUGUGUGUGGUGUGUGUGGUGGUGGUGGUGGUGGUGGUGGUGGUGGAGGUGGUGGUGGUGGUGGUGGUGGUGGUGGUGGUGGUGGUGGUGGUGGUGGUGGUGGUGGUGGUGGUGGUGGUGGUGGUGGUGGUGGUGGUGGUGGUGGUGGUGGUGGUGGUGGUGGUGGUGGUGGUGGUGGUGGUGGUGGUGGUGGUGGUGGUGGUGGUGGUGGUGGUGGUGGUGGUGGUGGUGGUGGUGGUGGUGGUGGUGGUGGUGGUGGUGGUGGUGGUGGUGGUGGUGGUGGUGGUGGUGGUGGUGGUGGUGGUGGUGUGAAAGAGGCUCGGAAUCUAAUUCCAAUGGAUCCUAACGGACUCUCAGAUCCGUAUGUUAAGCUGAAAUUGAUACCUGAAGAUUCUGGAUGCAAAUCAAAACAGAAGACAAGGACGUUACGAGCUACGUUAAACCCAGAAUGGAACGAAAAAUUCACCUAUAAGCUUCAGUCCAAGGACAAAGACAGGCGGUUAUCUGUUGAAGUUUGGGACUGGGACAGGACUUCACGAAAUGACUUCAUGGGAAGUUUAUCGUUUGGUAUCUCCGAACUUCUCAAUGGACCAACCGCUGGCUGGUUCAAACUUCUGAGCGCGGAGGAGGGCGAGUACUACAGUAUAAUGAUUCCACCUGAGUACGAAGAGGAACUAGAAAAAGCACGUCGAGAAAUGGAGAUAACUGUGAAACAAGAAUCAGUUGGAAGGUCGAACAUGGAACCCAUGAGACAAAGGAUAGCAGGAGCCGAAGGUCAAUUAAUUAGAGAAUCUGACUUCACAUUUGUAGCUGUACUAGGAAAAGGAUCAUUUGGAAAGGUACUAUUAGGCGAACACACGCAAACGAAGGAGCUCUUCGCCAUAAAAGUAUUGAAAAAGGACGUGAUUAUUCAAGACGACGAUAUCGAAUGCGCAAUGACGGAAAAACGUGUUCUAGCUCUACCUGAAAAACCCCUAUUCCUUGUGUCACUCCAUAGCUGUUUCCAAACAAUGGACCGUUUAUACUUCGUUAUGGAGUUUGUAAAUGGUGGAGAUUUAAUGUAUCGGAUACAGCAAAUAGGGAAAUUCAAAGAACCUGUAGCUGUUUUUUACGCGGCUGAAAUAGCUAUUGGUCUGUUCUUUUUGCACUCUAAAGGAGUAAUUUACCGAGAUCUCAAACUGGAUAACGUUAUGUUAGGAAAAGAUGGGCACAUCAAGAUUACGGAUUUCGGAAUGUGUAAAGAGGGUAUAGCAGGCGAUGCUACUACGAAAACCUUUUGUGGUACACCCGACUACAUUGCCCCAGAGAUCAUUCUUUACCAACCAUAUGGAAAGUCUGUUGAUUGGUGGGCAUUUGGAGUGCUCUUAUACGAAAUGCUUGCUGGACAACCACCAUUCGAUGGUGAAGAUGAGGAUGAGCUCUUCACAGCCAUCACUGAACACAAUGUUUCUUACCCGAAAAGUAUGUCAAAAGAGGCAGUUUCUAUAUGCAAAGCUCUUUUGAACAAAAACCCUUCGAAGCGGCUCGGUUGUUCAACGAACGACGCCGUUGCUGAGGCUGAUAUAAAGGAGCAUCCUUUCUUCCGCAGAAUUGAUUGGUUCAAACUGAAGGCACGGCACGUACAGCCUCCAUUCAAGCCGAAAUUAAAGUCAUCGGAUGAUGUGUCUAACUUCGAUUCGGACUUCACGCAUGAGAUUCCAAAGCUUACGCCAAUUGAUAGGCUUUUUCUCAUGAAUCUUGAUCGAACAGAAUUCGACGGAUUCUCUUACGUAAACCCUGAGUAUAUUCAAGAACUUUAA